GCCACUCUACCUCACACUAACUACUCUCAGUACUUCAUUCCCCACUGAGAACCGCACACCGUUCUUCUCCUUCUUCUUCUCACAUCUUCAUCAUUCCUUUUUCUUCUUCUCCUUCUUUUUAUUUCUUCUUCUUCUUCUUCUUCUUCAUCAUUCCAUAUUUUUCAUCGCUCAAAUCUCUUCCAAGUUUUCAUCUCAAUGUUAAUCGCAAUUUGAAUCAUUUCUCGGACAAGCUAGUGCUGAUUUUGAUUGAAAUCUGAAUCGCGCUCUAGUCAUCAGGAUGAAUUAGGAUUAUUAGAGUUUAGUAUUGGGAGUGGUGGUGUUUGCUUUAUUCUUCGUAUUUGUCUCUACAGACGAUGUUGUUAUGCUCACCGAAGAUAACUUUGAGAAGGAGGUUGGUCAAGACAAAUGAGACCGAACAAGGGGUUGCAUUAGCAAUUUUGAGGGCAGUGAUUGACUUCAAGAGGGAGCCAUGGCCGCAGAUAUCAGAUAGUGCUAAGAGCCUCGUGAGGCAGAUGCUGGAGCCUGAUCCUAAGAAGCGGUUGACAGCAGAGCAGGUUCUUAAACAUUCCUGGCUACAGAAUGCAAAGAAAGCUUUAAAUGUUCCGUUAGGAGAUAUUGUGAGGACAAGGCUUAAGCAGUUCUCUGUGAUGAAUAGAUUUAAAAAGAGAGUUCUUCGGGUGAUUGCUGAACAUUUAUCUGUUGAAGAGGGCUUGGUCCCACUACCAGGAUUAAACAAUGAAUCUUGGUGCCAAGGGCUAGAUGGAUUGGCUUCAAGAUCUGCUGAAUACUACAAGCAAGGUGCUCGAUUUGCCAAGUGGUAA